AUGGCUUCCUCUAGCAAGUCGGCAGCGAAAGCCUCGGGCAUCUCAAAGAUCCCUACGAUUGAGGCCUCUCUCCGAGGAAAGCCUUACAACCCCAAUGGGCUCGUACCGCUCCUGCAACUCGCUCGGGAUCCUGCACCGGAUGUCGUCCAUAAAGCCAUAUGGGCACUACACAGGGUGUUCAUAGAUUACAUUGGGGAGGGCAAGGUCGGAGGGAUCUCAGAUGGACCUAGACGGAAUAUGAGUCAAGCAGACGAAGAGGAAGAAGCUCGAGGUCCUACCGAAGCGAAGGAAGUUAAAAGUUGGGUCAGGGAUAGGCUGUUGGAUUACGUAGAGAUCUUGAGCGGGCUUGUAAGGGAUCGAGAAUUGGGUCUGAGGAAAUCCGCCUUACCUCUGCUCUUCGCACUUUUGGCUCCUCUGUCCGCUAGUGUAUCUGAAGACCCGACGAUUCAUAUCCCGUUCUUUCGCUUAAUUCUCAGAGCCAUCUUGGAGCCAUCGCCGUCCCUUCGUGGCGCAAAGCCUGCCCAUGGAAGUGACGGAGCAGCCUCGUUCCGCUGGACCAUCGAUGAGAGAAACCAAGCGCAAGAUUCCGUUGGCACUGUGCCCGAGGAUAUCAUCCAAACGGCCCAUGAGGAUUUCUGGGCAAAAUACGAUGAUCUCCGAUGGGCAUUCUUCAGAGAAGUACCCCACAUACUGAAAUUUCUUCGGACGACGCCUGAUCUCGCUAUCAACGUCCUUGGCCAGCUCCUGCCCCUCACCAACCUCCCCCGGGUACAAGACGACAUCAACACUUUUUUCAUUUCGUCUCUUACGACUCGCCCGUCUUCCUCUUCGGUCUCCCUAGCAACAAGCAAGAGGGCAAAGAAGAAGUCGAAAAAGCAAGCUGAACCUGAAAUCCUGCCAGACUGGAUGGCAACGUACGAAUCCGAUCCGUCUGAUGAUGAUACAGUCGGGCCAAAGAAACGUCAACGAACGAGUCAAUUGUCUAUCCACGCCUCAAUUCACUCUAUACCCAGCCAUCAGACUCUCUACUCCACGUUGUGGGAAACUGUCUUGUCAACCUUACAGAUGGACGAACAGUGGACGCGGAAAAUUCUCUUGGCCUUACAUGGAAAGAAUGGAAUCCUAAGCCAUAUGAAACCGGAGCGAAGAGUUCGCGUGGCCGAUUGGCUGGGAUCAUUAGUGGAUCAAGGCGGACCAAAGGCCAUGUUGGCGAUGAAUGGGCUAUUUGUGCUCAUGACCAAGUUCAACCUGGAUUACCCGAAUUUUUACCAACGACUGUACGGCCUGCUAGAUGACGAGGUCCUACACGUCAAAUACCGGGCACGUUUCUUUCGGCUUUUGGAUACGUUUCUCGCUUCACCUCUGCUUCCCUCUGUGAUGGUCGCAAGCUUCAUCAAGCGCCUGUCCCGACUCUCUUUGACAGCCCCACCUGCCGGUAUCAUCAUGGUCAUUCCGUUCAUUUACAACUUGUUCAAGAGACAUCCAGCGUGUAUGGUCAUGAUUCAGAGGCCCGCACUCGAUCAAGACGAGGAGUACAAAGAUCCUUACAACGCCUCAGAUCCUUCACCUUUUACCGCCAAUGCAAUGGGCUCUUCAUGUUGGGAAUUGAUGUCGCUUCAGAAUCACUAUUUGGCCUCCGUCUCGACUCUGGCUAAAAUGUUUAACGAAGUCUUCACAAAACCAGAAUACAACAUGGAAGACUUCCUAGAUCACGGAUACGGCACUCUCUUUGAGACCGAGGUCAAACGGCAUAUCAAGCGUCCACCCGCGGUCAGCGACAUUGUAGAAGGAUUCCAGCCCUUGGGUCACAUAUUCCCUGAUGGAUCCAUCAAUGGUGACGCCAGAGCAGGUGACGAUAUCGUCUCUCGUAUGUGGACCUUCUGA